UCUGCAGCUACCUGUUGCUUUUCCUCCACCUUGACGCUCAGGUACGGAUUCGGUCGAAAACUUUCCAGAAACUGUGACGUUCUUUGAGCGGAUUUAACACAUGGGACUUUGCAAAUGGAUUAAAAACAGAAAUGUUUAAUGUAAGGCGGCAGAGACAAGAUUAAACUCGGGAAUCAGUUGCUGGACGCACCGUGUGAAAUAUCUUUGAAAGCCGUCAGUCAUGUCCACCGGCAGCAGCGUGAGAUCGUACGAGGAGCGCUGCGUGGACCCGGUGGAAAACAGACUCCCUGAUCCCAGAACAGUGAACAAAGCUCACCUGAAGGACUCUAACGGGAAAGAAUCGGAAACCAUCGGCUUCAUCCCUGGUUCGGCUGAUCCUUCAUCUGCGACGCAAACCUGCAACCCCUGCUCCCCUCCAAACAGCUGCAGGAGUUUUGUGUGCAGCGUCUUAACAUGUGGACUGUAUCGAGUCUGCCAGAGAUCCAUUUUAUCUCCGUGCAUCAAGGAGAGAUCCCCGGAUGAACCAGAGAACGUGAGCCUACGAUCUGUAAACCCAGGAGGAAACAAAGAAGAAGAAGUCGACGAAGGAGAUUGGCUCGGAGACGUGUGCUUCGCUGGAGUAAAAGUCCACACUCCAAGAGAGUAUUUAGAUGAAGAUCGAUCUCAGUCGUUUGUGGUUUCAGCCGGUGGUCAGAAACAGGCGUCCCUCCACGAGUCCAUGAGGUUUUUGGACUGGGAUGACGGAGAGGAGAACGUGGAUUCUCUGAUCACAAAGAAGCUGCUGGAGCUUUACUCUGAGUAUCAGAUCGAGGAGUUGGCCAGGUGCACAACAGACUCUGUGUUCCUGAGGAAGAGCAAAGCCAUCAACCAGCUCAUCAACUCUCUGGCAGAGGAACAUAAGAUGGGAGAGCAGGAGGCAGAGUGCCGAUUGGUGAAAGGAAUCAUCCGCAUCAGCACCAGAAAGAGCAGCAAGAGGAGGCCGAACGUCUCUAAGGGGGAGAGGACGAUGUCGGACAGCGGCAACGAGACCAUGAGGGAGAGCGACUCGUUUUCAUUCAGCAACAACAAUGACUACAAAUCAAAUCCAAACAUCCAGAUAUCAGAGCUGACCUCCUCGGACCAGUGUGCCAGAGAGAUGUGGAGGACCAACGGAGGUCGUACCUCCAGCUCCCCCUCUCACACGGAAACGAACUCCUCAGGCGUGCCUCUCAUUCGCACCUCUGUGAGAACAUGAGUCCUGCAGAUUCUACGCUUGAAUUAUUAUUAUUUGUCCUGCCGUGUCACCAAGGUCCCGCUAUGGGGACGUUGAAAUGCGACACUUCUUGCACUCAGGAGACUUUCUGAGGCCGGCUCUCUGCAUUGAAAGAAAAAAUGUGAAAAAGUUUCACAUUGUCUGAAGGACGUCAGUGAACUCAGGGUAGCGUGUAGAUAUUUAUGCUUGGAAAUAUAAUGUGUAUAUUUGAAGGAUUGCCUGAUAGAGCAGGUAGAUAUCAGCAGCAGCAGUUUCACCGUGCCUUCGUCCUUGAAGGAGUCAUUGCUCAUGAAACCUGACUCGUUCGACUCGCUCCUUGUUUUGCAAAGAUGCAUUUCAUCAUCUUGUACACAUCUGAUAUUUGAUUUUAAACUCAUUUGUGUGACUUUUAAACUGUAUUCAAGGCUCUUAAUUCAGUGGUUGUGCUUGACAUAUUUACAGUCUGUGAUUCUAGAGGAAUGAUCGUAAUUUAUGCUUGGGUAGUUUUGCCAUAUCUCAUAUUAAUGUGGCUAAAGUGUGAAAAAAUGAAGUAAUACUGUUUUGUUUGGAAGGAAAAAGCAGUUUUGUUGAAUGGCUCAAAUCCUGUUCUUUUAAACGUUUCUUUAUGCCUGGAAGUACAGACAAAAUAAUAAUGAAAAUGGUCAAAUACAGAAACCAAAGAAGUUGUACUUUAAGACAUGGGACUUUCAAAAAAGCCAAAGAAGUUAUACUUUUUCUGUGCGUAAUGAACCAAACUUUGUCUUGGACACAAUUUGCCUUGGUGUAAUUGCAAUAAACUGUAAUUGCAUGAUGACUAUUGCAAACCACUUUUAAAAUGCUUGUUUCCUGAAUGCAGUUUGAACACUUCAUUAUCCAGUGUCAUCUAAAUCAGGCAUUGAAACGGCAGCGUGAUCUUGUUUUAAAUCAUAGAUAUCUUCAUAAUGUGUAACUUUAAUA